AGCUUUUUUAUUUUCGUAAAAUCUCUGAAUUGCAACACAGAUUCAAGCCUAGCUUCAGUCAACUGGUACGAAGACGAAGACGACGACGACCUCCACGAAACGACGCCGUGAAAUUGUUUUUCUGGAUUUUUGUCUUCGAUAUGGCGUCGAUUGAUAACCGGCCACAAAAUUUCGAUGUCGCCGCCGACGAGGAGGUUAAUAGCCCGGCUGAUCCGCUAUUGGGCGACCCGAAUGAAUUUACGAUUACUGCGGUUGGACCCGCGUCUGGUAGUGUGCCCUUGUUGAAGGAGGAGCCGGAGGAAAAUGAUUUGCAGGUCGCGUUGCCAUUGGCGGGGCAUAUGCAGGUGCGGACAUUGGAGAAACCUCCGCCUAAGAGGUCCUCUAAGGACCGCCAUACGAAGGUGGAGGGGCGAGGGAGGAGAGUUCGUAUGCCGGCGGCGUGUGCUGCCAGAAUUUUUCAAUUGACUCGCGAGCUAGGGCACAAGUCGGACGGAGAGACCAUUCGUUGGCUCCUGGAGCGGGCCGAGCCGGCUAUAAUCGAGGCCACGGGGACCGGCACGGUUCCGGCUAUUGCAGUGUCUGUGAACGGGGAGCUGAAGAUUCCAACCACGUCUCCGGCGACGGAAAACGAGGGGGAUUCCGCCGCGACGAAGAGGAGGAGGAAGAGAGGGGCUAAUAGCGAGUUUUUCGACGUGAACGAGCCUUCCAAUUUCGCACCUGUCUCUCCGAUUGCCGCGCAAGGGUUAGUUCCGGUGUGGACAGUGGGCUCCGCGAAUGGUGUGGUCCCCACAACGGCGGUUCCCAGCGGGGCAUUCCUUAUGCUCCCACAGCCACCUUCAGCCGCCGGGCCUUCAAGUCAACCUCAGCUGUGGGCCAUACCCGCAACCGCAACACCAGUUUUCAGCGUCCCCGGCAGGCCCAUUUCUAACUUCGUUUCCGCAAUGCAACCCGGAGUUUGUUUCCCCCAAGCUCGAAUGACCUCCUCUCUGUCAAACGGCGGAGAUAAUUCCGGCAAGGAAGUAUCCACCAUGGCCCCGAGCUGCAGUUCUACCAGCACCACCACCGCAACCACAACAACCACCACCACCACCACCCAAAUGCUAAGAGAUUUCUCGUUGCAGAUUUACGACAAGAAAGAGCUUCAAUUCAUGGGCGCUUCCGGGUCUCCUUCAAACGAUCAUCCCCAAAAACCCCCUCCCCAAACCCCUAACCAGAGAGAAGAGAUGACCCAUCAGUAAAAGGGUUUUAGCCUUUUUCCUUAUUUUUUUUGCAUUUAAAUUUUGGAUUAGCAGCUAAUCAAUCAAUCUUUCCCAGUUCAUCUUUAGUUACUAUUUCCCCUAAUUAUCAUCCAAAAAUUGUAUAAAGAUUGGCUUUAGCCUUUAGCGUUAGCAAAAGAAUUUGGAAUGCUUUUUUCUCCA